AUGUCAAAAUUAAAAUUACUAAUUUUUUUAUAUUUUAUUUUUUCAUAUGAAAUAAGCUUCAUACAACCAAGGAAGGUAUGCAAUGUAGUCCAAUUUGGAUCAUAUGCUUUAUCUUCAAAUAGGAAAAAUAGAAAUUAUUUUAAAUAUGAAAUAGUAGGAAUAAUCGAUCCACUUGAUAAAAAUAAGAUAUUGUGGUGCAGUAAAAGAAGGAAAAAAUUAAAUAUACGUUUAUUUAAAAAUUUAUACAAUAGCUUAUUUUGCAAUAUUAAUGAUUAUGUUUACUUUGAUAAUAGUGAUCAAUUUAUUUUUCGUAUUUUCCAGAUUAAUUUAAAAAAAACUAUACAAUAUAUGUUAAAAUAUAAAGUUAUAAGCGGUAAAAUUAAAGAAGAUACUGAAGAUAAUAAAAUUUUAUCAUUAAAAGAAAACAGCUUUUUGUUUCGAUUUUUGAAUAAUAUAAAUAUAUAA